GCGAUCACGGCGUCCGCGCGGGAUCCAGCGGAGCCUCCCCUCUCUCCAUCAGCUGUUGCAGGUACCCUCAUGGACAGCCGCCGCUGAGGAGGCCAUGUCGCCCAACCGACCAGUGAAGGCGCGCCCCCAGUUUCGGCGCAGGUUCAGCCUCCAGCCGUCCUUCUUCAAGGACGAUGCCGAGGGAGAGGGCAAGCUGCACACGCCCAGCCGGUCCACGAGCCGCGUGGACGCCGAGCCCUCGGGGAGCAGCUCCCCGGCGACGGACGCGCGCCACCGCAUCGUCGUGAUGGGCGCCGCCAAGGUGGGCAAGUCGUCCAUCAUCUCGCGCUUCCUGUACGGCACCUUCUCCGACAAGUACAAGCGCACGGUGGAGGAGAUGCACCACGGCGAGUUCAGCGUGGCCGGCGUGCGCCUCACGCUCGACAUCCUCGACACGUCCGGCGCUUACGAGUUCCCCGCCAUGCGCGCCCUCUCCAUCUCCUCGGCGGACGCCUUCAUCCUCGUCUACGACGUCACCGACGCCGGAACUUUCGAGGAGGUGCGGGCGCUGCGCGACCAGAUCCUCGAGACGAAGGGCGCCGCGCCCGCCCCCAUCGUCGUAGUCGGCAACAAGACUGACCUGGCGGAGGAGCAGCGGGAGGUGGAGCUGGAGACGACAGAGUCUGUGGUGACGGUGGACUGGGAGAACGGCUUCGUGGAGGCGUCGGCCAAAGACGACGUGAACGUGACGGAGGUGUUCAAGGAGCUGCUGGCGCAGGCCAAGGUGAAGUACAACCUGAGCCCGGCGCUACGGCGGCGGCGCAAGCUGUCGCUGGCGCGCCACUCCAUCUCCGAGGGGCCUGGCGCCAGCGCCUCCUCGCACAUCCCGUCUCCCCAGCAGCUGCAGCACCUGCAGGAGCUGCGCGAGAAGCACGCCAAGAGGAACUCCUGCGUUCUCUCAUAGAAUCCGCAAUACGGGAGUAGAGACACCGCAGCGUCUUCUGCCUGUCGGCGUGAGCCCCGCAUAAGACACUGCUGUCAUGGUUGUCCUCGUUAUGCGCCUACACGUGUAAAUAUUUUCAUCGGCGGAGAUGUGUGACAGCGACUUCUUGGUUAUAUUAAGAAAUUACCCGUACGUACGCAGAUGUCGGUGAAGGCAAAAAUGAAAUUAUACCUUUUUUCUACUGGUGUAAGAUGAGAGAUACUAUACAGUCUGCGUUACAGCAAAUGCUCCUUUCGUUGUAACACGCCCCAACAACAAUAUUCCUAGCGGUUGUCACACACUGCUUAGAAAAAGUCGACAAUAAAAGGUAAUAUUUAAGCAGCUGCAUCGCAGCAGACUCAUGUUUAACACAGAUGCUUUUCAUCGUGGAGAAUCAUGUCAUUCACAUGGCAUCUUCCUCGUAAGAAUGUUUUUAUUUAUUCUUGAUAAUGACUGAUAUAUUUGCUUUAUUCGUAUUGCUCAUAGGCUGUGUCUGUUAGCGUUCAAGAGAUCGCUUGUGUUUCAAGGUUCACUUUUAAAAUUCGGUCAUCGUAAAAACGUUUGAAAAGAAGCAUAGGCUGAUUCGUUAAGAAAUGACAGUUUAUACUGGAUACUAAUUAAAAAAUAAUGCUGAAUCUUCUUCAUAAGACACUGCAAAUUGCACUAAGCGGAAUUGCUUUCAUUAUUUUAAGCUUCGUUAUGUCUCAGGUAAUGCAGAUAAGUCAAAGACGAGCGUUAGCUCUGCCGUACAUUUGAAAGCUGUAAAUAAAUAAGACACCAUAACUGUUUCUCAAUGUUUGAAAGUGGAACAUCCAUGCAAUCACUGUCUCACAUCUCAGUGUUCCAAUUUUUAAAUUUUAAGAAAAUAGUCUUAUCGUAUGAUACUUAUUUUUAGACUAAUUGUGUAAACUGAUAUUCAAUGUCUCUUCUAUCUAAUGUCAAUAUCUGUGAAACCAAGUAUUUUCUGGGGUAUUCAUAUUAUAGCCAGUAAAAUCCAUCCGAAUUCAUUACAGUGAAGACCGCAGUCGACUGUAAUUAUCAAAGACUAAGUCGCAUGAAAUGCUGCUGAGUGUAGGAUGUGGCAGAGAUGUAAGUCAACAGUUGGCUACUAAAAGCUGAUACUACAGUCUGUUAAUGUACUCGUAUAAUGUAUAACGACCACUUCAAAACACCAAUUACUAAUCAAAUUUUACUGUAAACUAUUUACAAGACUAUUAAAUCUAAGAUUAUAUUCUUGGUCAAUAUUA